CUUGAAAAGAAAGAAAGGAAGAAAGAAAGAGAAGUUGGAAUUAAGGCUUAAUUGGAAGAAGAAGAAGAAAGAGAAUGGCAACAGUGGGAAGGAACAUAGCAGCACCAUUGCUGUUUCUGAACUUAGUAAUGUAUUUUAUAGUCUUGGGUUUUGCUAGUUGGUGUCUCAACAGGUACAUCAAUGGCCAAACUUACCAUCCUAGUUUUGGGGGAAAUGGAGCAACUGGUUUCUUCUUGACAUAUACAAUACUGGCGGCGGUGCUCGGCAUAGCAUCAAAAUUUGCAGGGGCAAACCAUAUCAGAUUUUGGAGAAAUGAUAGUCUAGCUGCUGCUGGAUCAUCAUCCCUGAUCGCUUGGGCUGUCACUGUUCUAGCUUUUGGGUUGGCAUGCAAGGAGAUAAGCAUAGGAGGCUAUAGAGGGUGGAGGCUGAAGAUUUUGGAAGCAUUCAUAAAUCUAACAUUCACAGAAUUGCUCUACCUCUUGUUUCUUCAUGCUGGCUUGUACAGCAGCAGGUACGGUCCCGGAUACCGAGAUACCGACUACGGCACUGCCGCUGGCGCUGCUGCUGCCGAUACGGCAUACAAAGGUGGUGGUGUCACUGGAACUAGGGUCUAAGCUUCAAGAAAAUAAAACGUAGUACAGUAGUUGCUGAGUGUUGUUGCCCUAAAAUAUGUAACUUUCCUGGCUGUUCUUGGUUUUAUUUUUUUGUUUUUUGUUUUGUUUUAUUUUAUUUUAUUUUUGUGUUUUAUU